UCACAACGGUGGCGCAAAACAAAAAACAAUAAGAAAUAAAAAAAAAACAUUUAAAUAAAAACAAACGGUAAUAGCUCUUCUUCAUUUGCCACCCCCACAACCCACCUGCCAUCACUCUCGCACUUUUGUUCCCACGUUUUGCGCAUGCGUGCGCGAGCAAAGCAGAGCAGCAAAAGCAAAAGCAAAAGCAGAAGCAGAAAAGCGAAAAUAACAGACCGAAAUCCAAAUCAAAACCAAAAUAAAUCGCCAGUCUCCAACUCGUCUCGUCCACAGCAGGUCCACUUCGAAAAUCGCGCGGUUCGCGGUUGGCAGUUCGAAAUUUCCAAAGUUUCGAACGAAAGUCGCGGGCGUUUCGAACGUGAUAACACUAAGAAUUCGCGUAAAUUCGGUAAUCAACGGAACCAAAAACCCAGAGGAACUUAAUAAUUGUAUAACAACGUGGCCGCCAGCAAAGAAUCAUCCAUGAUUGGCUCGGACCGUUGCAGACUGCAAAAGAAACGCGCCCUCAAUAGCUAUUCAAAUUUUCCCUUAUAACGAUUACUUCAACCCAAAGUCGGCGACAACUCGAGGACAUAUAUACCAAAGAUAUCGCAGUGCAGCCAGUUAAUUUAAACUAUUAGACGUAACUAGUCAAUGCCAAAAAUGAUAGUGGAUAAAUCGGAACUAGUGGGCGAGAAUGCCUGGGCGAAACUGUUGCCCGAGGAGAAGGAUAAGGCCAUUAUAGUCAAAAUGGGCGGCAGCAGUAGUAAUAACAACGACUCCAAGGAGACCACGCCCCUCAAUGUGGAUCAACUGGUGGCAGCCACAAGUCCUGGAGUGCCAGUGGAGCAGGUGGCGGUCUGCCCAGAGGAAAUCUACAAGCGCACCUCCACCUAUGCCUCCAAUAUCAAUUCCACCGGUGGCGAGUCCAGUGGCAGUGGCACACAACUUUCCCGCAAGGAGUCCAUCUUGGGCAGCUUCCACCGGCAAAUCCGGCGAUCCAUCAAAGCCGUUAGCGAAUCCCCCGGUCCACUUACCAGGUACCGGCAGACACGCUUCAGUUCGCGGCGUGUGCGAAAACGUGUGGUCUUCAAGCACGGCGAGUGCAACGUUGUGCAGGGCAAUGUGGCCAAAAGGCGGCGACGCUAUCUACAGAGUAUCUGUUUUCUCUUCCAGGACAUUUUCACCACCCUGGUGGACGCUCAGUGGCGCUGGACGCUGCUUGUCUUCGCCGCCAGCUUCGUCUUCUCGUGGGCCUUCUUCGGGUUCAUCUGGUGGAUCAUCGCCUAUGCGCACAAUGACCUGGAGUACACCAAUCUCAAGAACCAGUCGCCCGAUCUGGUGGCCAACAUGACGCACACGGUCUGCGUGACGCAGGUGUCCAACAUGAUGUCCGCCUUCCUGUACUCCGUGGAAACCCAGACGACCAUUGGCUAUGGUAAUCGCUAUGUGACGGAGGAAUGUCCGGAGGCGAUAUUCACCAUGUGCAUCCAAUGCAUCACGGGCGUGUUCAUCCAGGCCUUCAUGGUGGGCAUUGUGUUUGCCAAGUUGUCGCGCCCCAAGAAGCGUGCCCAGACGCUGCUCUUCUCCCGGAAUGCGGUGAUCUGCCAUCGGGAUGGAGUGCCAUGUCUGAUGUUCCGCGUGGGCGACAUGCGCAAGUCGCACAUCAUCGAGGCCCAUGUGCGGGCCCAGAUCAUCCGCAAGAAGGUGACCAAGGAGGGCGAGGUGCUGCCCUUCUAUCAGCAGGAGCUGCACAUAGGCGCCGACGGGGGCGAGGAUCGCCUGAUGUUCAUCUGGCCUACGACCAUUGUACACAAGAUCGAUAGGAAUAGUCCACUGUACAUGCUCUCCGCCUCCGAUAUGCUGAAGGAACGCUUCGAAGUGGUGGUUAUGCUGGAGGGUGUCAUCGAAUCUACGGGCAUGACCACGCAGGCCAGGAGCAGCUACCUGCCUUCGGAGGUGCUGUGGGGCCACCGCUUUGUGAAUGUGGUCUCCUUCCGCAAGGAGACCGGCGAGUACGAGGUGGACUACACGUUGUUCAACAACACCUACGACGUGGACACGCCGCUGUGCAGCGCCAAGCAGCUGGACGAGCUCAAGUCGGAGUACACGAAGAGCGCCAAGAGCUGUCCCGGUUUGGGCGGUGUGAACGCAUCCUUUGCGGAUCGCACGCUCUCGACCAGCUUUAUCCAGCGGAUCGCCUCCGCCGCCUCGGUGGAUCACCUGGAUCCGGCGAGCGACGAAUCGCUAGACUCCGGCCGCCUCCAGAUACGCUCCCAUUCCAUACCCAACGGCGUGCUGGCCAGCGAGCUGGAGCCGCUGAAUAACAACAAGCACGGCGCUUCGUUCACCAUGGGCGGUCUGACCAUCACGACGACGGCGCCCAGCAUCCCCAACCUAUCCAGUAUUAACGAGAAGACCAACUCCGGAAAUUCCAUUAACAGCAGCAACUACAGCAAUAACAACAGCUUGAGCACGCUGACCGGAGGAGGAAGUGCGGCCAGCGGACCCGGAGGAGGCAUCACCAUUGUGGCCGGUUCUGGGCACCAUGGCGGCGGAGGAGGCGGUGGUGGUAGGCACAAGUCUAACCCCCGUCGCCUGAGCAUAAAGCAGGAUCAGCUGCCCAUCGAUUCCAUUUGUUGAUAUUAUUAAUUGAGUGGCAACCCAGCCCCAACCGUCAGUUAACCUGAUGUUGUAUUCUAGUUAAGCAUAGGCUCCCACUAUAAUUCUAACUCAAACUAGGCUAAGCGAGAUUCCAUUGAGAGCUCAUCUGUCAUAGCCAUAGAGCUGCUGCAGCUGUGAACCCCCUCAAAAAUCCCCAACCCCCUUUCCUGCUGAAGUGGAGGCAAUCUGAUUGUUACCCACCCAUCCACUAACCCUGAAACGAUUGUAUAUGUAUGAUGUGCUAGGCUGAUGAAUGAUUCACGUUGUUAGCUUUACUUGUAUUGAAUUUACUAUAGUUAAGUUACAAAUUGAUAUUAACGCAAAGUAAGAUGUGAGACCCAGAAACCAAAAUGCUGCAACUUAGACCCCUAGAGAAAUGUUUAAACAGCUCACUAAAUAUGAAUAUGAAAUUUAUGCGAGGUCGCAACGGAAUUGUAAAUUCCCUUUUACCCAAUAAUUGCUAAAUAUUAUUACUCACUUCCAUUGAGAGAUAGAAAAUGUAUAUUUAACUCAAUAAAACUGUUUCAAAAACAAGAGCUUCAAUUAUCAUAAUGAGUGGACAAUAAAAUUGUAUGAGUAUGUGAAUGAUUGAUCAAAAAAUUAUAUUUUUAAGCGUCGCCCUGAUUGUGAAAAAGAAAGACGGAGAAUACACCUUAAGAUGAAAAGAAGAAAAACCAA